AUGUUAUGCAUGCAUGAGGGUUGCAAUCAUGUUAGAAAAAAGCACGCAGAGAAAAUGUUCAAUGAUUUGUUACAAGUGUGGGAUUCAGCGUGCAAAUUUACUCGUGAAAAAUUACUACUAAAUAAGGCAGUUGUUUUCUGGAAUAUUGGCUGUUUCAGAUUAUGCCCAUUAAACCUGCCUGUUGGUUAUUCAUCAUCGCACCGUUUCACAAGGCCCGUUUUUAUUCUUUCGGAAAAAAUCUGCAAUUAUCACGGAAUACAACAACAUAAUGUUCGGUUCAUAGGUUCUUCCGCCUCGGUCAGCCUCAACCAAUGUAAACUCAGCUCAUGUACCGGCUUAUCCCGGGAGGCAGUGGAAGAUUGUCUCCACCAUGUGCUUGCCACCAUACACCAUGGAAUUCACACUAACCAAGUCGUGGAGAUUUUGUUCAACGAUAUUGGUCAGCUUCGCAUCAGCAACAACAAAGUCAAAUUCCGAUUCUUCAAUUCAUUCCUACUGGAGCUUGACAACACAGGGACGCUUAUAAACGCAAUGAGAUACGUGAGUUGUGCUGUGGAUGACAUUCUUGAAAAAUUUGUCAGAAGCAAAAUGUAUUGGGUAUUCUGGAAGUUAAGCAACUGCAUUUUUGUCUACUGGAUACUAAGCAGCGUACCCGCCAACUACAUAUUUUCAGUAAACGGCAUACAUCGACGCAACACAGUUCCCAACGGUAGUUUGUAUAAAGUUUCCAGGUGA